AGAAGAGCCCCGGGAGGGUUUAAUAAUGCCUCCCCCCGUUGUGGCGUUUCUUCCCGACCGCUCGGCCUCACCAGAUUCCAGUUUUGGAUUUCCAUCUCUGGCAAAAGUUUUAAAGUUUACACCACCACUCCACCACUCCCCUCCGGCUGCCAAAGGAUAUUUCCUCACGGUUUCUGCCUACCUGAGAUGCUGCUAGAGCAACCAGGCGAUCCAUCAGUGGGGAAGGCCAGGGGCUAAUUGCUCCCUCCUUUCUCUCUGUCCCCCUACCCUCCUGGGCAAGAUGCACAGCGAAUGUGGCUGCAAGCCUCGCUCCCAAAUGGAGACCUUGAGAAAUAUUUGAAAAACUUACUGAAGAAUCUUUAUCCUCUCCUCUGAGCUUCUAGUAAUUCAAUCUCCAUUAAAGGGGGAAAGGAAAAGGGGGGGGAGAGAGAUAAUCCAGCACUUAAAAUAUGACUAGCAUGGGAAAGGAACACACAUGCGGGGGGAGAUUACAGUUAAAGCCUUGGAUAGACCCUCCCACCCCCCCUCACUCCCACGCAGCUACCCCACAUCGGAAUCCCCCACCCGAACCCCUGAAAGCCAAACCCAAAAGGGGAGAGGAAGAGGAAGAGAGAACUUCCUAAAGCCAUCCCUUGACGUCUGCUCUGAAUGCUGACAAGGGGUGUGUUGCCUGGCAGACCGCGGAGACAAAUUCCGCGAUUGAUUUUCAUAAUGUUUCUGCGGUGUUUGAAAACCAAUCGUUUGAACCUCUGAGAUCUUUACCUAAGUGAACCACUCCUACGCUUCCAAGUGCUUCACAAACUGAUAUAUGGCAAUAUCUACUUUGGAUCACGUGUCCCGGAGAGCGCGACUAAGACGGAUAGCGCGUCAUCUCGCCUUCCCAAAUUUUUCCCCCUCUGCACCUCGGAUCCCCAACCUCUAUCUAUAGGAGCGAGAAAAGGAGAAAGAUGUUUAACUCGGUCAACCUCGGGAACUUCUGCUCCCAGUCGCGCAAGGAGCGGAGCGGCGACUUCGGGGAGCGAGCAGGUUGCGCUUCUAACCUCUACCUCCCCAGCUGCACCUAUUACGUCCCCGAAUUUUCCACCGUGUCAUCCUUCCUGCCCCAGGCCCCGUCUCGCCAGAUCUCCUACCCUUACUCCGCCAACCUCUCCCAAGUGCAGCCCGUGCGCGAGGUCUCCUACGGGCUGGACCCCUCGAAUAAAUGGCACCCUAGGAGCGGUUACGCCUCGUGUUACUCCGCCGAGGAGCUGAUGCACCGGGACUGCCUCCCGCCGGCCACCAUGACCGAGAUGCUGAUGAAAAACGAGAGCGCCUACAGCCACCACCACCCCCCCAGCGGCAACCCCCCGCCGCCCACCGGCUUCUACUCCGGCGUGAACAAAAACAGCGUCCUGCCGCAGGGCUUCGACCGCUUUUUCGAGAACGCCUAUUGCGCGGCCGACAACCCGCUCGAGGGCUGCCCGCAGAAGGCGCAGAGCAAGCUGGAGAGCGACCCCGCCGCCGCCGCCGCCGCCGCCGCCGCCGAGCCCACCGCCCUGUCAUCCCGCGGCGAGCAGGGCGUCGACCCGGAAGACGAGGAGGAAAACACCAACCCGGCUUCUUCAACCUCGUCUUCCUCGGCCAACAAGGACGCCGGCAAAGCCAGCAGCGCCAGUGCCCCCCGUACGAGGAAGAAGAGAUGUCCCUAUUCGAAAUUCCAGAUCAGAGAGCUGGAAAGGGAAUUUUUCUUCAACGUCUACAUCAACAAAGAGAAAAGGCUGCAACUGUCUCGGAUGUUGAAUCUCACGGAUCGACAGGUUAAAAUUUGGUUUCAAAACAGACGGAUGAAAGAAAAAAAACUCAGCAGAGACCGCCUGCAGUAUUUCUCGGGAAAUCCCUUAUUGUGAACUUUCUUUUUAUUUUAUUACCCUUUUGUAAACAAAAAUUAAAAAAACAAACAAAAAAACAAACAAAAAAACAAAAACAAACCACAACCACCCCUCUGCUCGUUGAAGUAUUCUGUGUAUGAAGAAGAAACAAUGUUGCAAAGUACGGUUUGACUUGACAGCGGAGCCUGGAAACAACCCCUGAGUUUUAAAAAAAAAUUUCCCCCUUCCUUAGAUUUGUAUUUUGGGGGACAGUUUGGGACAUGAUUUUUUUUU